AUGCCAGACCCGUCCGAGAUAGUAGGCAUCAUUGGCGCCGGAGCUGCAGGGCUCAUCACUGCGCAUACAUUGGUCAAAGACGGCUUCCCUGUGCAGGUCCUCACACGAGACCGGACACCAGGUGGGGUUUGGGCUGCAGAGCGCAUAUACCCAGGUUUGGAGAUCAACAAUGUCCAUGGAGAGUUCAGAUUCUCCGCUCUGGGUAUGCCACCUCCUAGUACGGGGUCAGGCCGAUUAGGGGGCGAAGACCUGAACGCAUAUAUGAAGGCCUAUGCGCACAAUUUCCUUCACGGAUGCAUCCGAUACGGUGUCGAAGUAGAGGAUGUGAGCGAAAAUCCAGACGGGGAGGGAUAUAUCCUCAGCACCAGAGACCUGAAGAACGGGAAGAAGGAACAAUUGAGGUUCCGGAGAGUCGUCCUCUGUACUGGAGGAUGUAGUGCACCCCAUAUACCUCCUGAGAUCUCUCCAACUGCUGCUAAGAACAUGGGGUUCAAAGGGCCCGUGUUGCACAGCCAAGAGUUCGGAAAGCAGAAGGAGGAUGUCCUCGCUGCAUGCGAGGCUGUUCAAGCAGUCAUCGUAGGAGGGGGCAAGUCAGCCCAAGAUAUCGCCGCCUAUCUUGCGAAUCACGGCACGAAAGUUCUUGUCAUCUUCGAGAGUACAGAUGCGGUCCUCGCGUGUCCCGUCCCCUGGCCAGACUUCAUCCGACGCAGCAGAGUCCUCAGCAUCAUGUCGCCCAGCAGGCAGUUGCCAUCCCUGCUCGAACAGUUCUUGCACAAGACGCGGCUAGGGGCCAAGAUCGUUCAUGGAUUUUGGGCCAUAGUGUCCUUUCUGUCCUUCUUUGCCCUAAGCAUUCCACCCGACUCCCCGCUCCGUCGCUCUCAUUCCAUCUUCUGGUCCAUCCGGACGAAUGAUGAGGGCAUUCCUUCGCCUACCCGAUUCCACAGCCUGGUGAACAAAGGCGCUAUCUCCCUCAUCUCACCUGCGCGGGCGAUCGGGUUCUGCAGCGACCGUCGGUCCGUUCGGCUCGCCGACGGAAGAGCGAUACCGGCGGGGGCGGUGAUUCUAGCAACAGGAUAUGGCCCGAGUUGGGGGGGACUGCUAAGUGUGCAGACAAUGAAGAACGUCGGUCUCGAACGACACCCUCCCACUGUUCCUGAAAUGCAUUUCCAUAAUCUGAACUAUGCUUCGCUCGCUAGUGAAUUCAACCCUACGGAGCCGGGACGGAACCCGCAUGACACAGAGGGACAAUGGGCAUCGGCGUUGUAUAGGGGAAUUGCUCCCGUGCAGAACCUGGCCAAAAGAGACUUCGCAGUCAAUGGAGCCAUUUUCACGACGAACAAUGGGUAUGUAUUCGAAACCGUUGCACACUGGAUCUCUUCCUACUUUUUGGGGGAUCCGCUCCGGCUCCCCCCAACGAUCGACGAGGCGAGGAUGGAGACGGAAAAAAAUGCGGCUUGGAUGAGGAAACGUCACCCGGGUAUGCUUGGGUGGGCCAACGAAAGCUACGCGGCAAGCAUUGCCUUCUGGAACUGGCCACAGGCUAUGGAUGAACUGCUGGAAGAUAUGGACCUCCCGGCGAACCGAAGCGGCGGCCAUUGGCUCACGUGGCCAUUCAGAGUCAUCGACCUGAAAGAGAUUGCAAAUCUGACAGAGGAGCGGUGUGCGAAACGCUCCCUGGACCCUGCUUCGUCGCCUCGUGGCAUGGGCUGUUCUCCCAGCGCUGUGGAAUGUGUCUAGACUGUCGGGGUGCCCUUCACUGCUCUAUUCAGGUGCGAUUGACUAAUUCUCUUCUUCCCGGCGGGCGCUUGCCGGUUCUUGUAAUACCUCACAAGAAGGCGGACCCUGACACCUCUCGGCAUUUGGCCCAAACUGGCCACUUGGUUUCCAGAUGAAACUGCCCUUUGUCUACACAAAUUGUUGUCUCGGCGUGUUCCUGCUGAAUCCUUUGUUUCUUCUCAAUAAUUUCACUCAAUGUUACACCAAAAUUUCACAUUGUCGCU